AAUACUUUCUCACACCAAACAGAACAAGCAAGAAAAAAUACAAGUUACAGUUGAAAAAUGACAAGGAUGAUAAUGAAGGUUCUAUGCGUUGUGGUGGCUUUCAUGGUGGUGUCAGCGCCUUAUACAAUGGCUAUUACUUGUGAUGAUGUCGUUAAAAAGUUGACCCCAUGCGCAAACUACCUGAAGAAAGGUGGUGCAGUGUCAGCGGCAUGCUGUAAGGGUGUUAAGGGACUGCAUGCCGCGGCUAAAUCAACCCCUGAUCGGAAGACCGCCUGCGUUUGUAUGAAGGAAGCGUAUAAGUCAAAUCCCGGCAUCAAACCAGAGAACGCUCUUGUUCUUCCAAAAAAGUGUGCUGUUAAUAUUCCUUACAAGAUUAGUCUUAAAACCGAUUGCUCCAAGGUGAAGUGAGCCUUUACGUUGAGAGCAAGGACAUGGAGACAUACAUGAUCACUUGGGUUGCGUAGAAACAUAUAUUAUGAAAUAUCGAUAAAAUAAUAUUCGAAACCCGGUUUUCCCUUUACUUUGUAUUGUGUAGCUGAAUAUGUUGUUGUUGUUAUGUUAUGCAAUCAGUUUGGUAUUA